AUGGACAACUCCAACACCACUCUGCCAAACGCAAAUGCUACAAUAAGUACAAGGACACAUUUUGAAUUGAGAACACUCAAAUCGGAUAUCGGAUUGACGAUAGGCUAUCUCACUCUUGUACUAAUCAUCGUCCUUGUCAUUCUGGCAAAUGUCUUCCACAAGAGAUUACGCGCAGCGUGGUCUUGCUACGGCUCCAAUGCUCGUUCUAGAAUCAGCAGAAGCGAGGACAUGGGCGAGGACAGUGCGGAUGGCGUGCGAAAUAUGGAAGAGGGAUUGCCGGGGUCUGCUAAGAGUACCUCUUGGAAGAAGCAGAAAGGAAGAGUGGAUGAGUUGGAGAUGUGUGUUUGGAAUAGCACGAGUGAGGCGGUAGUAUAG